UCUUAACAUGUCAACGUUGGUGAAAGAACAUAAGCAACAAGAACAUUUAAGUAUGACUGCACGAUUAAAACUAUUAACAAGGCAAUAUGGCGCCUCCGCUAUAGCUGUCUACUUUAUCAUUUCUAGCGUCGAUUUCGGGUUGACAUUCAUUCUGAUUCAAUCCGGUGGUGCUGAACGUGUGAAAAUGAUCGAAGAUUGGUUCACUAAAACAUUUGGGGGGCUGGAUAGUACUGAAGAAAAAGAAUCUCCAACGUAA